AUGAAUACACCCGGAAAGAUAGCGAGUAGCCAGGAUCAUAAACGUACACCGACAUUGGCUUGUGGUUGGAGAAGACACCUGGAACUGUUUGUUUUGAAGGAAAAAAUGAAAAUGCUACCUCGUAGACUCACAUUACGACCUCAAGAGUUUUCUUUCGAGGGAAGUCAAGAUUCCGGCUUACCUCUCAAACUAGUCACCACCCGACAUGGUACUAAAAUUUCCAAUCCAUCUCGCCUUGAUGAGUCCGGUAAGAAUAGUACCCAACAUAUUGGUAAUCAAUCAUCUUCUCGGCGUGCAAGGGGGAACGGCAAAGGUUCUCCGCCAGCCUGGCUAGAACGAGCUUUGGAGGUUCCAGAACAUGGCCAGUCCCGCACUUCUGAUACACAUCCUUCAUCGCGGACUUAUCCGAGCUUCCAUCGACCGGUUCCUCGUCGUCCUUCGCGUCAUCCGCAUCACCAUCGCUCUCUAGCGACCAUUGAUUCUAGCGCAAGCCGAAGAAUUGAGAGUCGGAACUAUGGCUCAGGUCCCACCUCUAGUGAUCAUCUGGUUAGCUCUCCGAGAAUAACGCCCCAGAUGCUUCCACCUUUCUUGGCCUAUCAUCCACACUCUUAUCCAACCGAAACCCUGCACGAGCACAAUUCUCCUACGCCAUUACUCGCUUACGAUGGCGUUGAUUGGGAAGACGAUCAGGCUCCGGACCAUUCUCAAAGUAGAUUGUCCUUUCAAACGUGGCCAGAGGAGCAAUUGAGCCAAAGGCUAGAAUAUGAUUCAUUUCCUCCUCAUCUAUCACAGCCUUCUCCACUGUUGAGCUUGCAACAUCGGAACAGUCAGUUUGCGACUGUCCAAGAGAGGGAAUGGCAGCGCAGGUCACCAACUGAACCUACGACUCUUUAUAAUCACUUACCUGUGGUUCAAACCUCGUACCAACGACCCCAAUCUCCCUCUCAAAGCCUUCAAAGUCUCAAUGUAUAUUCAAAGAAUCCGGAACCGGAUCGUUAUCUACUCAAACUUGAAUCUGCUGCAAAAGCCUUCGCAAGUUCUGAAGCAGGUUUUUCAUCACCACUCGGUUGUACUUUACCAAUUGAUGGGGCAGACGGUUUCUUUGAUUCUAGCACAAGGCCAAAAUAUGGCGCCUUCAACUUCCCUCCCACGACUCCCCGCGCGAGGAGUCUUACAUCCCAUCAAUCAAAUCAUUCGAUGUAUCCUAGGACACCACAGCAUUUAAACAACGUGGAAGCAUCUCGGCAAGUUUCACAGGAAACCGCUGAGGCUGAUUAUAUGGCUUUUCCGGAACCAGCAUCUUCUCAUCGACAACAGCCUUUGAAAUCUUAUGAAACAUUGUCUCCUACCCAUACCACCUGGUCUGAUUACCAAAACUCGACAUCUCUCAACGUUUGGCAGAAGCAUCCACAACUCCUGGGUGAUCCACUCGAGUACGGAAUCCAAUCGAAUGAAAAUCUGUAUGAAGAUGAACUUUCAAAUCCUGAUAUCCUUGCACAAACGCAAACAAAUUUAACCACUUUUUCCGAAAUACAAGUCAGUAGGAAGCCUUACAAUGAACAGAGAAAUGAACCUAUAUCUCCAACAUUCUUUGUUGCAGAAGAAGAUAAGGCAGUCUUUGCAGAAUUAAAAGCUCUCGCAACACUUGGUACAACAUCAAUUGAUCACCACACUACCAUCUCUGCGGCACAAGUUAGUUUGUCACCCUCUAUUAGUGUUGCGGCAACUGAAGAAAUUCAACGAGAAGUGGAAGAACAAGAAGUGGAAGAGCAGGAAGUGGAAGAGCAAGAAGUGGAAGAGCAAGAAGUGGAAGAGCAGGAAGCGGAAGAGCCUGGGGAUUGGGCCAGACUUGAGCAAUUGCUUGAAGAGUAUCCUGAAUCAAAUGUAGAUUUUGACGAGGAUGGAAGUGGACCUGGUUUUGUUAUUUGGCAAGAUCCUGAUAUACCAUAG